AUGCAGCCGUCCGAAGUCGAUCAUGCUUUAGAGAAACUCGAACAAACGUAUGCUCCUUUCCUCAUGGAUGCCCAUGCAACUCCAUUUGGUGCACUUGUUGAAAUAAGCCGUCUUGCAUCGACAUCAGUAGCAAAUGAUUCCUGCUUGCCUUACAUAUUCUGGUCCACAAAAGGAAACUUUACCGAGUUGACUUUGGCUGACUCGUGUGAAACUGUCAAGCUCCAUCAUAUAUCACAUCUUGCUAGUAGCAUUAUGAAGAAAAUUGAAAACGAAAUAGCCAUGCUGACACACGGUAUCAGUCUCGAUGUGAUAUUGGGCAUCAGUAACAACUCCUACCUUGCUCUGUAUGAUGAGCCGAACAAUACCACAAUCGGGUAUUCAUUCGUGUACGACGAGUGCAACGACCUGCACAGCCAUUAUCAUAUGUUUGUUGGACACGUCCAUACGUCUCCCGAUGAAAUCAUAUCCUUUGUUACCAGCUCUACUCUUGUAAUACGCCAUGGAGAACCGGUGUCACCUGAUGUCUUACGAGACAGUACUCUGGCUGACCUUCAAGCCGGUCAUAGCAGCGAAGUUGCUGGUCGGUUUUACUCGCGUUCCGAUCAGGACCCACGACAUCUUGAUGCAACAACUGCCUUCGAAUAUUAUCAUUUGUCUGCAAAGUGGCAGGAUUUGCUGGGUGUCGGACCAGGCAUUUAUGAUUUCUCUGCAGUGACGGAAGCAAUGCGAACAGCCGCCUCAAAACAAGAUCUAGCUGUGGCUGCAUAUCAUCGAGAGAACCAGGCUAUCUGUGAACGAGUCGCAUUGUUGCAGUUUCAACAGCAGCUAUCAAUCGAGAAUACAGUACGGCGCUUGGUGAAUACGCCGCCAGCACCGGAUCUGUCUCUGGAUUGUACAGACGUGGCUGACAAUAACGUCGGUCUACAGGCUUUAGAAGCGUUACGGCUGUCAUUGAAUGCGCCUAUGGCAUCGUUCAAGUCUUCGGCACAAGCAGUCGCAAUUCAACAUGCUUUACUCGGACAGAAUGAUCUUUUGGUUGCUUUUCCGACUGGUGGUGGAAAAACAUCGGUAUACCUUGCGCCGCUAAUGAAGGAAAAUCAAACGACGGUUCUUGUUCUGCCUCUCGUUGCCCUUGCAGCAGACGUCAUCAAACGCGUCAAAGACCUAAAUGUCUCAUGUGGCGAGUACACAAACAGCAUGUCAGCAGUACAACAUCUACCGAGGCUUCUAUUGGUUUCCAUCAAACAGGCUGCGACUAGUCGUUUUGCUGCUUUUCUUCGACUUGCGCAUAGCAGUGGAAAGAUUUCCCGGGUCGUUUUAGACGAAGCUCAUCUUGCUGUUCAGUCUGCCGAUUACCGCCAAUCAAUGCAUCAACUAUUAUGGUUGCGUACUGUGCAAGUACCUUUGAUUUGCUUGACUGCCACCUUGCCUGUUAGUAUGGAGAAAGAGUUAUCCAUUUGCCUUGGUACCAGCUUCAAUGUAAUCCGAGCAUGCACUGUGCGCGAGAACCUCAAGUACAUAAUCGAAGACGCAGGGAAUGACAAGCGCAAGGCUACAUUGAAAUGGAUGACAGAAGCUUUGAAUGCACCAAACGACUCAUGCAUAAAAACUAUUUUUGUGAGUUUAUUUUUGGUCUAA